AUGGUCGCACCCAUCACCGUGGUCCCCAGGCCCCCAGCUCAGGGCAGCCCCAGAGAAAGGGUUACGGGGGUGGGUACACCCCAAGCCUCCACAGAGGCCCAGGCCGCCCCUCCAGGGGAAGGGGCGCGGCCCCCGCUCCCAGCAUUCUGGGAGGUUCUAUCUGCCAGUGGAACGGCUAAUCUCUGGCCAUGCUGGCAGCCAAUCACAGCGCCCCACAGAAAAUACCUGGGAAAGGUCUUGUGCCUGGGCCGGGCGGGCCCCAGUUCAGUCUCAGUCUGGACCAAGGCGCCCGGGUGGUCGCAGCCGCAGACACCAGCCUCCUCCUACAACAGAGUCCGGGGUCUGCGCAUGGCUCCCCUGCCCGGGCUUGGCCCGCGGCUGCUGCUGGCCUCACUGCUGGUGGUGGCAGCAGCGGCCACACCCGCCCGUCUGCUGACUGUGCUCACGUCGGGCCGCGGUGCUCUGGACCGCUUGGAACUGGGCGGCCUGUUAAAUACGCUAGCGGCCCGUGUGCACUGCACCUCCGAGCCGUGUGGAAAGUGUCUGUCUGUGGAGGAUGUCCUGGCACUGGGCUGGCCGGAAAAGUCAGGGCUUCUCCCGGAGCCUGUCCUGCGUGCCAAGGACAUCGCCCGCCUCAGCGCGGCUGCGGCCCUCUACCUCAACGACCCUGAGGGCACAUGUGCAGACAUCCGGGCCGGCCGCUGGGGCUCCCGUGCCGACCACCUCCUGGCCACGCUUGAAGGCCCCAAGGCCCUGACCCUGGGCCUAAGCCGGCUCCUCCAGGGGAUCCAGGCCCAGGAGGGCACCCAGCGUCCCUGUGUGGGUGUGCCUCAGCUGCUGAAGGAAGCAUCGGCAGAGGGCCCUGAUGGCCCCGGCCCGGCCCUGGCCGCCCUCUUGGACCACGUCGAGAGAGGCACCUGCUUCCAUGCCCUGCCCACCCCACAGUACUUCGUGGACUUCGUGUUCCGGGAGCAUACCAGCGAGGCCCCCAACAUCACGCUGCCCGAGCUGGCCACCUUGAUGCAGCGCCUAGGGGUGGGUGGGGAGGUGGAUGCCCACGGGUCCGAGGACCACAGUAACCACAGCCACCUGGGCAGAGGGGCCAUAGGGAGCGACAGCCACGAGGAACCUUUGCCCCUCACCACCUCCAACGGUAGCUCCAGUGUGUGGGACACGUUGUGCCUGAGUGCCAGCGACGUGAUGGCUGUGUAUGGGCUGUCGGAGCAGACCGGGGUGUCCCCCGAGGCUUGGGCCCAACUCAGCCCUGCCCUGCUGCAGCAGCAGCUGAGCGGGGCCUGCAGUACCCAGGCCAGUACCUCCGCCCAGGACCAGCUCAGCCAGGCGGAGAAGUACCUGUACGGCUCGCUGGCCACACUGCUCAUCUGCCUGCUGUCGGUGCUGGGCGCGCUGCUGGCCUGUAGGGGCUGCUCCACCGCCAUCCACUACAUCAUCCAGACCUUCCUCAGCAUGGCCGUGGGCGCGCUCACCGGGGACGCCCUCCUGCACCUGAUGCCCCAGGUGCUGGGGCUGCACAGCCAUGACCAUAGCCACGAGGAGGAGACUCUCACUUCCCAGGCCACCUGGUACCUCCUGGGUGUGCUUGGCGGCCUCUAUGCCUUCUUCCUGUGCGAGAACCUCUUCAAUCUGCUGCUGCCCCAGGACCCGGAGGACCUGGAGAAGGGCAAGCCCUGCAGCCGUGGCGGCCACAGUCACGGCAUGUCCCUGCAGCUGAAGCCCAGCCAGCUGCAGCCACCCAGGCAGCCCCAGGAGGGCUCGCAGGCAGACCUGCUGAGCCAGGAGUCCCCGAAACCCAUCGACCCCACCCCACGCCUGCCCCCCCUGCCUCCAGAGUUGCGGCUGCUGCCCUACAUGAUCACGCUGGGCGAUGCUGUGCACAACUUGGCCGACGGGCUGGCCAUAGGCGCCGCCUUCACGUCCUCCUGGAAGACCGGGCUGGCUACCUCGCUGGCUGUGGUCUGCCACGAGCUGCCGCACGAGCUGGGAGACUUCGCGACCCUGCUGUACGCCGGAAUGUCGGUGCGCCGCGCGCUGCUGCUGAACCUGGCCUCGGCGCUCACGGCCUUCAUCGGCCUCUAUGUGGCGCUCGCGGUCAGCGUCAGCGAGGACAGCCAGGCCUGGAUCCUGGCGGUGGCCUGUGGCUUCUUCCUCUACGUGGCGCUCUGCGACAUGCUCCCAGCCAUGCUGCACGUGCGGGACCCGCGGCCCUGGCUGCUCUUUCUACUGCACAAUGUGGGCCUGCUGGGCGGCUGGACCGUCCUGCUGCUGCUGUCCAUAUACGAGGACAGAAUCUCCCUCUGA